AUUCAAACAAGGUAAUGGAAUUAGGACAAGUACUGCUCCAACUGCUAUCAGAAUCUCUUGGUCUUGACCCUAAUUAUUUGAGAGACAUUGGCUGUGCAAAGGGUCUUUGUAUGGUUGGCCAAUACUACCCAGCAUGCCCUGAACCAGACCUCACAUUGGGCAUAAGUAGCCAUACUGAUAGUGGCUUCCUGACUGUGCUUUUACAAGAUCAACUUGGUGGAUUACAGCUGAUUACCAAUGAUAGGUUUAUAAGCGUUCAUCACAGAGUUCUUGCAAAAGCUGUAGGUCCAAGAAUUUCAAUGGCAUGUUUCUUCAGAAGACGACUCCCAACAGAAAGUCCCCUGUCUAUGGACCAAUUAAGGAGCUGUUAUCAAAGGAAAAUCCUCCAAUUUAUCGUGAAACAACUUUAAAAGACUUCGUGUUACACUACUACUCUAAAGGGCUCAACGGUGUUUCUGCACUUGAACAUUUCAAACUCUGAAUUACAUGCAUCCGGAUGCAAUGUUAUGUUUUACCUUCAGUUAGGCUAGUAAUUUGAAGCACUAUUUUGUUAUGUAAUUUAAAUAUGUGAACUUAAUGUGAAGGGAUAUUGAUAAGUUUGGAAUUUCAUAAAUAUUAAUGUGAAAU